AUUUAACCUGAGUCAAAGUCACCUUCAUAACCGUUUUGUUUGAACAAAUGCUUUACAUGUAGGAAAGCCUGUCUGAUCAUGAGUGAAGCAUAUGGAGAGGAAGUUACGUCAAUCUACUGCGCGCGAAAUUUGGCGCUAUUAUCAAAUGUAAACACAGAAGGCACGUUUUCGACAACGCGAGUUUUUUUUCAGCCGAUUACAGGUUUGGAAAUCUAACAGUUUUAAGUAACUGUUGAAGAGAGUGAACACCAGGUUUGAGAAGAAAAGAGAUUUGAGGGAAACUUUCCAUUGUUGGACCAGAGCCUUCUUUCUGAAGAAUGCUCGUCGGUGAAGAUGCAUUGCCGUUUGUCAUAGUGGGGUUUAUAAUCGCCUUUAUUUUGGCGUUUGGAAUUGGAGCAAAUGAUGUUGCGAAUUCAUUCGGGACAUCUGUGGGUGCUAAAGUGCUUACCCUUCGACAAGCAUGCAUCCUGGGAACCAUAUUUGAAAUUGCUGGUGCCAUCCUGAUAGGAUAUCGUGUGUCGGAUACAAUACGUAAGGGUAUAAUUGAUGUUUCAUUGUACAACAAUGGAUCGGAGACACUACUACUCGCAGGAAAUGUCGCCGCGCUGUCAGGGUCCUGUGUGUGGUUGCUGGCUGCAACAUUACUUAAGCUGCCUGUGUCCACCACUCACAGUAUCGUUGGAGCUACUGUGGGGUUCUCUCUUGUGGCUCACGGCAUUCAGGGCAUCAACUGGAAAAAAAUUGGCCUCAUUGUUGGAUCAUGGUUUAUCUCCCCUGUCAUGUCGGGCAUUAUCACUGUGUUUUCAUUUUGGAUCGUCAAGAAGCUCGUAUUGAAACGGGCUGAUCCCUUUUCUGCUGGGCUGAAGAUAUUGCCAGUGUUCUAUGCCUUUACGACAGCUGUCAACGCGUUUUCUGUGUUUUACAAGGGAUCCAGUCUCCUGAUGUUUGAUAAGAUUCCUCUAUAUGGUGUGUUCAUCCUGACGUUUGGACUGGCGUUCAUUGUCGCACUGAUCGUUUACUUCGUAUUUGUGCCACGCUUCAAAGCAAGAAAAUGGCCUUCUGAAGUACAAGAAGAAGAGAGUCCAGAUGGAAGUAUGAAUUUGGAGAGGGCUGUUGAGACGGCCCUGUCACCAGAGGAACAACAAAAAAUGCUUACGAAAGAUGUUGAAGCAGCUAACUUCAUUGAUAUAGAUGUUGAUAUUGAAAACAAAGAAAAUAUCGGAGCUAAGAAAGAUGGCGAGAAAACCCCUUUGAAGGAGAAAAAUUCUCUUGCAGGUAUAUUGAUUGAAAAGGAUACAAACAUUGAUGCGAUACUGGCUGACGCCAAAGAAAUCACACCAAGUUUGACACCAAACGGGAAAGUCAUGAGUAAUGGCCCAUCCCCUCAAGGAAGUAUUACACCGCUUUUGUACAGAGAGUCCACCUCCACAUUUUCAAGUCGAAAACUUCUGCAAGACAACUUUGACGGUAGUCCUGGCAGUAGCAGUAAAGAUUCCAGUAUUUCUGAUCUGGAAAAAGGGCGUGAACAACUCAAGGAUGAGCCGAAAACGGCCAAGUUGUUCUCCUUCCUCCAAGUUCUGACGGCUAUAUUUGGUUCCUUCGCUCACGGAGGAAAUGAUGUCAGCAAUUCUAUUGGUCCUCUUGUGAGCAUCUGGAUCAUUGGUACCCAAGGUAAUGCUCUUCAGAAGGCCGAGACCCCGUUGUGGAUUCUGAUCUUCGGAGGAAUUGGGAUCAGCAUAGGCCUGUGGGUGUGGGGCCGAAGGGUUAUCAAAACCAUGGGAGAAGAUCUGACAAAGAUUACUCCAUCAAGCGGAUUCUGUAUCGAGAUUGGAUCAGCACUUACUGUACUCAUCGCCUCCAAUAUUGGAAUUCCAAUCAGCACUACGCACUGCAAGGUGGGCUCAGUGGUUUGUGUUGGCCGAUAUAGGUCGAAACAGAACGUAGACUUUAAACUGUUCAGAAAUAUAGUUCUCGCCUGGUGUGUGACUUUACCAGUAGCUGGCGGAAUCAGUGCUGGCAUUAUGGCAAUCAUCAUGCAGGUUUUAUGAUAGAGGCCUUUAAGAUCAGGGUGGGGAAUGUACGUCGCACAAGGGGAAUAAGACACAUCAAAAUGUGUUUUCGGGCCAUUUUUGUGUGUCCUAUUCCCGUUGUGCGGUGUACAUUCCCCACCCUGAAGAUGAGCGAGUGUGAAUUUUGCUGGGCCCAAGCUUAAAAAUAGUCCCUAGAAAUGAAUUUUCUCCUUUGCUUUCACCUGAAAUAAAACAUAAUUUCCUAUAUAACAUGGAAUUUCAAUUUUGCAGAUAUUUAAGGAACAUGGAAUUAAAUUCUAUAGGAUAAAAUCUACACAGAGUUAAUAUACCUCAAAUCUGAUUGGUUGUCAUGUCAAUGAUUUAAGAAAAAGGCUGUAUUGACUCUUUUUUCUUUUUCUUUCCUAGAGAUGAUGAAAUUUUUGUAUCUCAUACAUGAAAUAAAACCUGCACGUUGUGGUGUUUACGAGACCACCUUUGGACACUAAAUACUUAAAAUACUUAGAAUUCUGCUCACAAAACUGAAAAGAAAGUAAGGGAAAAAAUAGAUUUAACAUGCUUAAGGAUGAUUUUGAAGCUUGGGUCCUGGUUAUUAUUGAAUAAAUUAUAUUUUGAGGAUGUUCUACAUCUGAAGUGUUCCUACAGAAGCGAUACGACUGAAUUUGAUAACCAUUCUUUGCUGGCGUGAAAGAUUUUCCAGACAGAAAAAAAGAAUAUGAAGAUGAAAGAAACAAGUGUAUGAUACUUGGACCAAAUCACAUUUUUACCAGCUGGAUUUUACAUUUACUUAACGUUAUCAAAGUAAAUUCCAUGUAUAUGAUGAGAAUAUACUGUAACUGUGUUCCUUCUGUAGUGAAAUUAUAUCGUAUUUGUUAUAUAGUGUUAAAUGUUCACUAUAUUCUAACCAUUCUUAUAGUGCUAAUUGAUAAUGAAGUUCUGGGAAUGGCUUCAACAUUAAUUCCCGUAGGGACUAUAGUUAUAAUUAUGUACAACAGCUCUCUAAACAUACUGAUAAUGAUGUGCAUCUGUUACAAGGAGUCUUGUUGUUUUAAUUUUUUUGUUUACUGAAAUUAUUCUUGUAUUCAAUGCAGUCCAGUUCAGUUAUUUAUAGAAAAGUAUACAAAUGCAUAGAUUUCCAAAGUUGGAGACAAUCGGUACAUAAUUAAGAUCUUGUUUGGGGUUUAUAAUUCAGAUGACAAACCAACAACCAGAAGCUUAAUAAAAAAAAACAGGGGCAGGUAGAUUAGUUUGUUUGUUUGCUGGGUUAAUCGACUGGUGAAAUUAGUUGCUCGGGUCAUUUUGAAGCGGGGUCUCCUUGUAGUAGUUGGACACUACCGCACUGAACAACAUAUAGGAGGUCCGUAGCAAACACCCAGAGCAAUUAAGGGUUGAGUGUUUUGCCCAUAGGCACAAGCAUGACAGCACAGACAGACCCGUUUCUUAGGAAUCUGAGAAACACUAACAACAUGGGUAGGAAGCGUCGAACUAGGUUCAUGUAGAUACACUCCUGACUUUGAAAUCAUUUUCCAUAGCUAGGUAGAUAUGUAUAGCCAGAAAAGGCUAGUUAGCAUGCCAGUGUUCUUGUUGAAGCGUCUUCUUUUGAAAAUUAAAAAAAAAAA